UGCUCGUUUGGUUGCUUUGGCUCAAGACUCACGCGCUUGCGCCCCAACUUGCCGUCUAUCUGACAAUGCAGACAUUUUUGAUGCGGAUUCUGGCAGCAGGGUUGUGCCUCCUGCUGGAUGCAGCCCGGGUCGAGAACACUGAUGAUCGCAAUGCUAACAAGAUCGACGAGGAUCCUUUUGGCGACAUGCUCCCACCGGUGGGCACAAACCCGGUGGUCGGGGCCAGCCGCGACGGCGCAGUGGCUUCCAUCAAUGGGGUCCCUGAGACAGAGGCAGUAGUGCUGCAGGAGGAGCGCAUCCUGGCCUCGGAAAGCCUGGUGGAUGAACAAGUGGAGGUUAACCAGGAGGAGCGAAUGGAGGUGGAAUGCGUGGGCAUGGAGCACUUGCGUGAAGUCACAUACUAUGAGAACGAGCAAGAAGAAGCUGAUUCGGAGAUCAGGAACAUCCGCUCUUUUCAGCCCACAGAGGCUGAGCACCAGUGUCUUCCGCUUCAUCUCCGCAACAAGAAGCUGCCCAGCCGCCUCUUCUCGGACCACCCAGAAUUUGUCAAUCCCCCGCCCUUCCCGGAGCGCCUGGGAGAGAUCGUGGUUGAGGCAGUGCACCACCUCGAGAAGGGCGAGCCCAAGCACAUUGUCCUAGAGAUGGCAGGCUGCACGAGCUGCGAGAACGACCGUACCCGCUUCGUAGAGUGGGGCGGCCUACUGAGCAUCGACGAGAGCGGCCAGUUCAGGAAGAUGUACCGAAAGGGGGUCAAUAUGAUGGGCUUCAGCGUGCCCAAGGACAACUUCGGGGAGUGGCAUGCGCGCAUGGGGGACCGCAAGCCCCUCGUGGAAGGCGCGGAACCAGCGAAGUCAUCUCAUCGAUAUCCCCGGAAAUGGUCUGCUGACAGAGUGCCGGCUGGGGAACAGAAAUAUGUGAGGACCUACAAGUACAAGUACAGCUCCUUUCAGUUUGACGAGACGAUCCUGGGCGAUGUGAAGACAAUGGCUGCGGAGGCAGCGACCGAGCACAGCACCGUGGAUGGAGCCUUCGUGCACGAGCACGAGGCUGAGGAGCUGAAGGUGCUCAGGGAGAUCCGGGAGCAGGAGAAGCGCAUCCCCUUCAACCAUAAGCUGGAGCAGAUGCACAUGAACAUGUACGUGUGCGAGGAGCGGGGGGCGGGCCUCAUCUGCCCCACCACGCCCGCGGAGACCAUCCUGGUCCACGACUCCGCCUUGGCCUUUGACAGCGCGAAGAGCGCCACCUUCGACGAGCUGGGCAAAAACUCGCCGAACUGUUUCUAUGGACAUUGCUCGGCCGGCGAACGAGGCCUGACCAUGUGCUCGAGCUGCACUUCAGACCGCCCCUGCGGCUCGCACAGCCGCACACAACCCCGGGGCGGAAUCGAACAAGGCACCUUCAACUGCCUGGUGGAACGCGCCUACACGGACAGCGGCUAUGUGGACGUUCUGCCCACGAAGCCGGGCCCGACCGCAGGCGGCUUUCAGAGCUCCGGCUUCCUCUUCCGGGGCAGCGGGUCGCGGGCCCACGUGACUGGGCACAUCAAUUGGCACCUCUCAGUGCCUCGCGCCGGGCAUUGCGAGCCCUUUCUCCAAGACGUGGCCUAUGUCGGCGUCGGUGUGGACGAGUGCGACAAGUGCCCCGGAGGGGAGGUGGACGUGGAUAUUGGCCUGGUCCUGCUAUCAUGCCCACUUGGGCACACCAAAGCACUGGGCGGAGCCGUUGCCGGCCAGUGCCGUUACGUGGAUCAUCAGAACUUCGCCCACCGGAGCACACAUGGCAGCUACGCCAUCAGCGAGGACGACCGCAGCGGCAAGGGCGAGGGCGACGAUGAGUGGGCCUUCCUGAACCUGGCGAAGAUGGGCAAGAGUCGCCAAACUCAGUUUCGGAUGCCGGCUCUUCAUCGCGAGACUCCACCUUUGGAACUUGUGAUCUGACCUUUUAAACUUUUCCCGGGCAAUGUUUGGAUGUCCCACAAGAUUGACCGGGCCUUGGCGCGGGUGUGGGGGUCAAACAUGAAAAAGCGAC